AUGUCUCUCAUGUGCCUGUUCCGUAACCGGUUGCAACUGUUCCUCGUCCCCCUUAUAUGCGUCUGCGGCCUCCUCUUUUAUCUGAAUGCUGUUCCCUGCAUAAUUCCAACCUGCAACGAUCCUUUAAGCACCGAUACUGCAUCACUAAGCGAUGAGCCCUUCAUUUUCAUUGGUGGCUACCCCAGAAGUGGAACGACGCUGAUGCGUGUACUACUGGAUGUGCAUCCAAGCGUUCGCUGUGGUCCGGAGACUCACAUCCUUCCGCAUAUGCUCUAUCUUUACUCCUUCAAAAUUGACCGUAUGUAUGGCCGACUGCACGGUGCCAAUAUCACCCGCGAACUGGUGGAUUCCAUUUUUGUGCGAGCUAUCAGCACGCUGCUUCACAACUCUGGUCCUAAGGCUGAACGAUUGUGUGCCAAAGAUCCCUUCAUUGAUCUUUGCCUUAAACAACUUCUCCACCUCUACCCCAAAUCUCAAUUCAUUCUCAUGGUGCGCGAUGGACGAGCCGUCACCAACUCCGUUAUGAGACGACGCAUACGCAUAACGAGUGUGGAUUACUCAAAACCUGAAACAGUGUUAGAGGCAUGGGAUAAGCACUACAAGCAUGUGCUGCCAGACUGCGCAAACUCAUCAAGGUGCAGGAUUGUUCGCUACGAAGAUCUCGUGCUAAGACCAAGGGAACAGAUGACGGGCAUUCUCGAAUGGCUCGGUGUCCCGUGGGACGAAGUUGUGCUGCAGCAUGAUCAAAAUAUGCGAGGAGUGAAUCUUCCACAGCUGGAACGAAGUACCUCGCAAGUGGUCUUUCCGAUUUACACUGAAGCGCUGACUCAGUGGUCUCUACCAAAAUCUGGAAUUCCUUCAAGCCUAAUUCAAAAGUCCAAAUCCUACGAGAUGAUGCGUCACUUUGGCUAUGCUGAUCUCUCAAUCCCACCGUCCUAUGGCGAUCCUGAACCCGAAGUUAGAAAACGCGCUCAAAUGCUGGAGAAAAAUGAGGAGUUUAGGAAACUUUUUAAUCUUUAG